AGUAAACUCACUCACCAUUGCAAGAAAGUUGCCGACAAGGACAAUGCUUCUUCUGCUGCCCAAGUCAUGAGCGGUCCCCGUCACAACGGAAAAACCGAAGGAUUCAAGUAUUUACAUGUUGCAUUGAGAAAACAACCACGCACAUCGAAACACGGCAGAAGAUGGAUUGGAGUCUCCCUGUGUAGAUCCAUGAUGGCCGUCGUCUUGACCACAGCAGCUGAAGGCCCCCUCCAAGCCCAUGUAUGUACGUUGUUAUGGCAACAAUAGAUGGAAACACGGACGUUGAGACCCUGUUGGCUGCGAUCCACCUGGAGCGAUACCUGAAGACCUUCCGCCAGUCUGGCUUCCUCUUGGCCAGGGACCUCAGCCACCUAGACAAUGGAGCUCUUAUCCAGCUGGGUGUAACUGCCACCGGACACAGGAAGAGAAUUCUGAGACUGGUCCAGCACAUUCAGAGGGCUACCAAUCAGAAUCAGUUGACAUCCGAGCCCUUGGAGCCCUUAUUGGACCGUUGUCAGUCUGAGUCUGACAUUAAUUCCACACCCAUCCAAUCAGGAGGGCCGAGGUCUGACCAAGGGGGCGGAACUGGGGCCAUUCCGUUUGAAGCGUUCCGGAAUAAUUCUGUUCCUAACAUUCCAUCCAUGUUGAUGAACUCCGGGUCAGAACAGCAGCAACAGUACAAUGGGAAUGUUGUCAUAAAACCGGUUCCAAAACCUAGAACAGUGUUUUACAGACACAAAACAGAACCCGCCCGGUUUCUCUCCUGUCCCAUACCACCGACAUCACCAGAUCCUCAUGUUCUGACCCUAACCAGGAAACCGUCUCAGGAAUCUCUCUGUUUCACCAUAUUGGAAGGUUUGGCUUCAGGUGAAUUUAACACUGACACAGUGAUGGUGGGGCCUACCCUUAACCCUGCCCCUACCCCUACCCUGAGACACAGCCUAAGCCUGAGAGAGAGUAGGCUGAGUAACUCUUCAGACUCUGGAGGUCCCCAGCCCCCUGUUCCCCCUCGGCUAAACCGAGGUACCCCUCCAGCCAUGUUUAGGGGACCUACAUCCACACCGCCGUCAUCUGGUGGAAGGACUGAACAAAACCAGGACCAGUGCAUGACAACCCCACCUCCCUCAUCCCCUUGUAACUAUGACGACACUGGAUUCCCCUCUCUGGCUACUUCCCCUCCUGGCUCCCCGAUGGAGAUGGUCUCCAAUGAGAUCUACUGUGGCACUUCACCUGGCACGGCAGCUAGUAGUGGACGGAUUCCCUGCAGCGCUCCUCAAACACCACCACGGCCAGAGAUCCACACCUCUCCUGAAGGGAAUGGCACUUUAAAUAACAACUCUCGUGAAUCGUCCCACGGAGUCCCCAUGGAGGACCCAGAGGAGGAGAUCAGUCCCUACUGUGAAACGGUCUUCCAGACCAGACGACCACUGCAGCACUCUGAGGCGGAAAGGACCAGAUGUGAAGGAAAGACAGGAAUGACAAGAGCGGUGGAAGAGAAACACGGAGAGGAUCAUGGGACACCCAAACUCUCCUGGGCCAAACGUCUGUCCCACGCCCUCCACAGUGAGUCCCAGGGCUACAGCACAGUAGGAGAGGCGGCACCACCCCCUCUCUGCCUCUCCUUACCGCCCAACCUGUACCCCUCGGAGCCGGAUGAGGACCAGACGAUAUCCCCCUACGCCAGCUACACCUCUCUCUCUGAGCAGACUGAACCCAUCAUCUGUGGCUGGCUGGAUAAGCUAUCACCACAAGGGAACUAUGUAUUCCAGAAACGCUAUGUGAAGUUUGAUGGCAAAAAUCUGCUGUACUUCGGCAGUGAAAAGGACCCGUACCCCAAAGGAGUGAUCCCUCUGGCUGCGAUACAGAUGGCCCGCAUGGCCAAAGACAAUAAAUUUGAGAUAGUGACAAGUCACAGGACGUUUGUCUUCCGGGCUGAUAACGAAGUGCAGAGACAUCAGUGGUGCAGUACCCUACAGGGGAGGGUGAAGGAACAGCUUGUGUUCGGGCGCCCUCGCUUCGGUCCUGGCAGCCACUGUCAGAGGAGUGGUCCUCUGGAGCUCAAAGGGACCAAGGCAAAAAUCUACGUGGCCAUCAACACAGAGCAGGUCUGGCUGUACAAGACUGAGCAGUGUUUUAGGAAUGGGAUUGGAAUCACGCUGAUCGAGGCCAGAGGAGCUACGAUCAGAGACGGCAAAGGAAAGAGCUUUGACCUCAUCACACCUUACAAAACAUUCAGUUUCACAGCUGAGUCUGAGCGGGAUAAGAGGGACUGGAUGGAGGCUAUACAGGAGUCCAUAGCAGAGACCCUGUCUGACUACGAGGUGGCUGAGAAGAUCUGGUCCAACAGGUUCAAUAAGCUCUGUGCUGACUGCCAAGCAGUCAACCCUGACUGGGCCUCCAUUAACCUCUGUGUUGUCAUCUGUAAGAACUGUGCAGGUCAACACAGAGGUCUGGGGACUAUGGUGUCUAAAGUACAGAGCCUGAAACUGGACACCAGCGUGUGGAGCAACGAGAUCGUGCAGCUCUUUAUAAUGUUGGGGAACGACCGAGCCAAUGAGUUCUGGGCGGCCAGGUUAUCUCCAGCUGACGAGUUAGACCGUGACGCCACACCGGACCAGCGGAGAGAGUUUAUCAUCCAUAAGUACCGUGAGGGGCGCUACCGACACCCCCACCCCAACUUCAACACACAGGAGGAGCUGCUCAAGGUUCUGUGUACUGCUGUGACCGAGCAGAACCUGCUGAAGACAGUCACCCAGAUCUUUACCGAGGCAGAGGCUGUCCGAGCCCGCCUCGCUGCCUCUAAUGGAUAUGACAAGCAUCUGUCUCAGGAAUACUCCCUCCCGCAAGGCACCUCAGACCCCGGUGUGUAUGAUGAGAUUAUGCAGGCCGUGCUGCACUCCGGCUACCUCUACAAGUCAGCCUCAAUGAACAAAGGGACAUUAUCCAGGAAAACCAGAGAAGAUUUCCAGAAGUACUGGUGCACGGUGGAGAGGUCUCUUCUGUUCUACGAGUCUGACCGAUGUCCUGAUCCUAGCAUGAAGAUCAACGUCAAAGACAUCGUCUGUCUGGGGGUCAGCAGGCCGGACUCCUGCAACAACAACGGCUUCAUUGACAGGUUUCUCUAUACGUUUCAACUGUACCUGUCCUCAGAGAAGCUCUAUCAGUUUGGAUUGGAAACUUCUGAUGCACUGCAAUGUUGGGUCAAGGCCAUCGGAAAGGCCGCCACACCUUUAAGCUGCCACUGCCUGCUAGCGAGGGAGUUUGAGCGGGUGGGAGUGCUGCGUUACAAGGCCAUGCGGGACCCUUCUCAGUGGAAAGAGGGAUAUUUUGUCCUUCAGAAGUCUAACCUCUUCAUCUGCCCAGGGAACGACGGAGCAGCUGAGGACAUUAUCAACCUUAAACGUCUGCAAGAGCUCAGUAUAGUAACUGAGAACCAAAACCACGAGAAGAAGGAAAUUCUGGUUUUGGUUGAAAAAGGAAGGACGCUGCACCUCCAGGGGAUGGGUCGGUUAGACUUCUCCCUGUGGUACGCAGACAUCCAGAGAGCGGCUGGAGGGAAGGGCAACACCCUGAGAGAACAGCAGCUCAGCAGGAAUGAUAUCCCCAUCAUCGUAGACAGCUGCAUCGCCUUCAUCACACAGUAUGGUCUGGGUCACGAGGGGAUCUACAGGAAGAACGGAGCCACGUCCAGGAUCAAACUACUGAUGGAGGAGUUCAGGAACGAUGCUCGCAACGUCAAGCUUCGGAUCGGGGAUAACUUCAUAGAGGAUGUGACUGACGUCCUGAAGAGGUUCUUCAGGGAGAUAGACGACCCCAUCUUCAUGGCUGACCUGCAUCAGCUAUGGAAGGAGGCUGUCAGAACAGCCAAGGAUAAGAACCAGCGUCUGGACAGAUACAAGGAGAUCAUCCGUAGUUUACCUAGAGUCAACAGGACUACCCUGGCUGCUCUCAUCAGCCACCUCUACAGGGUUCAGAAGUGUGCAGACCUGAACCAGAUGUGUACCAAGAACCUGUCCCUGCUGUUCGCCCCCAGCCUCUUCCAGACAGACGGGAAAGGAGAACACGAAGUGAAGAUCGUUGAAGACCUCAUAGACAACUACCUGUAUAUAUUUGAUAUUGAUGAGGAGCAACAGACCCAGAUAGAACUGGAGCUCAGCCUCAUCACCACCUGGAAGGACACACAGCUGUCCCAAGCAGGUGACCUGAUCAUUGAAGUGUAUCUGGAGAAGAAGAUGGCAGACUGCUGCAUCACACUCAAGGUAUCUCCAACCAUGGGUGCUGAGGAGUUGACUAACCAGGUCCUGUACAUGAGGAACAUCCCAGCAGGGGAGAAGGACGUGUGGCUGACGUUCGAGACCAUAGAGGAAGGACAACUGGAGCGGCCCCUACACCCCAAAGAGAAGGUGCUGGAGCAGGCUCUACAGUGGUGUAAAAUGGCUGAUCCUAGUUCAGCUUACCUGGUGGUGAAGAGAGUUCCCAAAGGAGAGGGCAUCAACAUCCUCACUGCCUACAAGAGUGAGAUCAUAAAGAUGGGAGUUCUGAAGUGUCGUGAAGAGCCGCCUAAACUCCUCCACGGAAAAGUCUUUCAGGAACACACCUUUCAGAUCAAAGACCACAAGCUGCUACUGCUGAAGGACAAAAAGGUAUUUCUGCUCUCACGUCGCGGUCACAUCUUGAAGUCGGAACUCUGCGCUACUUUGGACUCGAUGUCGUUGUCGCAGAGCAUCAAGCCUGAAAAGGAAUGGCCUCUGAAAUCUAUGAAGAUCUACAUGGGAAUUCGAAAGAAGCUGAAACCCCCCACUAGAUGGGGCUUUACUCUCAUGAUGGAAAAACAGCAACUGUACCUUUGUUGCUUUUGUGAGUCCGACCUAUGGGAUUGGGUCACCAAUUUCCUCAAAGCACAGAAUGAUGACCCCCGACCUCCGGUGUUGAGGCGUCACUCCUCCUCAGACAUCUCCAAACAGAAGUUUGGGACCAUGCCCCUAGUACCAAUCAGAGGGGACGGACAUGAGAGCAACUCUACCAUGCUGUCAGCCAAUCAGACUCUGCGAAAGCUUCACGCUAGAAGGACUCUCUCCAUGUUCUUUCCCAUGAAGGUGCAGCAGGACUCCUUCGAGGAGCAUCCAGAGCCAGAACCCCCAGAACCCCCAGAGCCUCUGUAUGAGGAAGUAGGAGACUUCGGCCUGCAGGUCCUCAAGUCCCUGGAGACCAGCUUCCUCUCCAACAACACCUCAGAGACCCAGGAGGUCCCUGACGGGCCCCUGAACCUCAUCCUGGGCCCUCGGAAGACGGGCUCCCUGGACCGCAUGAUCGGCCCCAACCCGGUUCACUCUCUGGGACUGGGAGGAGAGGGUCUGCUGCCCCCUGCUGGUUCUCUUGAUACCCUGGUCCUGGGUGAAAGAGAGAACCUCCAGGAGUCUAAUCAGCCAGUGCCGAGGAGGAGGAAGCAGCAGCACAGGCCCUGUACCCCCUCUCAGGAGCUGCUCCUCCAGGAACUGUCCUCCGUCUUCACCAAGAAGACAGAGAAUGAGGAGAAACCACCAGGAGAGAAGAACGUCAUCUGAGGAGAAGAAGAGAUGUGUGCACUUGUAUUGUAGACUCAGGCCAGACAGACAGAAGACUGUAACAGCAUGGGAGUACGGACACAACCCAUUUGUUUGGGUGGUGUGUCAAAAAGACAUAAUCAGAUAGGAAUAACCAUUUACUUGUUUUAUCCUACAAACUAGUACUGUUCUAUCACUGGUAUGUACAGAUCCGUUUUAUUUUGAAAGAUGCUUAUUGGAUUAUAACAUCCUUGCUAAUUGCUUUAAGCUAUGAACUAUGGGGGAUGCCUUUUUUCAUAGUUUUUUUUUUCAUAGUUUACUAAACCUCUAGAGUGAGAAGAGAAAUGGAUGCUUCUCUCAUGUCUGGUGGUGAUGCAUUAGGCAUUACACUGGUUUAGUUUUAAACAACUGGAUUUUAAAUAGAAAUGUGUUACAGUCUCUUAAUGUAUUAAUUUAUUUUCAAGAAUAUUUUAUCAACUUUGUUUUUAAUUUUUUUUUUUUAAUAAAAGCUGUGAAAGUAAAAAGCAGAGUUUUGCUUCAAAACAGCCCCAGAUAUUCCAGAGUGUUGUGACACUGUCUGGCCAGAAGGUGGCAGUAUGCCACACUGUCUGGCCAGAAGGUGGCAGUAUGCCACACUGUCUGGCCAGAAGGUGGCAGUAUGCCACACUGUCUUUUAGAUAGUACAAAUGGAUUCUGAGUAUUAUAUACACCACUGUAUGACGUGAAUACAGCCAAAUAUAAUGAUUGUUAGUGGCACUACAUUUUAAUAUUCUUCAUGUUUGCACUACUAAGUCUAUUGCUUUUACGUUAAUAUGCCAUGUUCAAGAUAUCCUCCCUUUUUCAUCAAUCUAAAUAGACAAUAAGAUAUUACAAUUUGACUGCCUUUGCCAAGUGUCUAUAGUGUGUUGUAAUGCAUUUGCUUGCAUUGUCCUCCAUUCGUUUUAUUCUUACUGUAAAUAUUGUACAUUAUUCUGUGUGCUUAUACCCUUUCAAUAUUCAUUAUGCAGCAUUUCACUGUGUCGUCGCUACAUGAAGGUCUAUAUUAAAUAUGAUAUUUUUAGUUUUA